AUGAUCAGAGGAGCUCACCCUGGCUUUGGGUUUAAAACCGACAAAAUGGGUUUAUCGCCGUACCCAACCCCAUCCGACGCCGGUGUCCUCUGCGUGAUUCUGGUGAACACCGCCAUGUCAAUAUCAAUCAUGAAGGAAAUAGUCCGAUCAAUCCUUCACGUCAUCGGAAUCCAUGUCACCUCAUGGGAAGACUACUCCAAUCAAUCGAUAACAGAAUCAGUCGAACGUAGUAGAGGAACCCCAUCGGAAACUUACAUGGAGGAGUUUAGAAGCCGGACGCCGUCGCUCCUUUACGACUCUCUCACCAUAAGUUGCCGGAGUAAAGAAGAAUGCUCCGUUUGCUUGGUGGAGUUCAACCCAGAUUCAGAAAUCAAUCGCCUUUCAUGUGGCCAUGUUUUCCAUAAAUCUUGUGUUGAAAAAUGGUUAAAAUACUGGAACAUCACUUGCCCACUUUGCCGAAACCACAUGAUGAUGCCAAAAGAAGAAGAAAACACUUGCCCGAUAUUCUGUUUUUGA